GUCCGAAGAUAAAGCUGCUUUGUCUGCUAAUUAUAUACCCAAACUUGUGCUUGCCUCGUGUUCAGUACAUUGCCUUUCAGUGACUUGCCACUAAUGCUACUGCUUCCUUUGUGUGAUGGCUGGAAUAAUGCCCCUUUUGCGAUGUGACCUGAUCAUGCCGGCCACUACAUGCCGCUCGCUACCGUGACUUCCAUGAACGAGUCGAGAACAACAGUAGAAGGACAGUCAUCGCACACGAUAUGUAUCCAACUCCCUGAUCUCCUCGCCGUGUGCAGUCCGUUCGAAUUGCGCACAAACCGACACUGCAAGGUCAUCUCGCUAGAAUCCGAAAGAUGGCUCCUCGAUUCUCGGGUUGCAUUGCCGUCAAUGAAAUGGGGAUCGGCGAAAGUCGGACUGUUGGCAGCUGCUUGUUAUCCUACAACAGAUGCGCCUCAGCUGAGAUUGAUCGCAGAUGUGCUUGGAUUGUUGGUGUAUCAGCUCGAUCAUCAGACUUUGGGAACGUCGACGGAUGAUCACAGUGACGCAGAGAGUGAAUGUUCUGAUACUCGGACUGAACAAGGGAUCUUCUCGUUGCUAUCUGAUCGCCUCUCUUCUGCGGCGUACCGGAAUCCAGCGUGGUAUAUCCGUUUCCACAAAGCCCAGCGUGCAUUUCUCCACGCGAGAUGCGAGACUCCAGCAUUCGACGUAGGCAAUCUCGAGCGCUACAUAUCCUUCCGGAGGCAACAUUGCGGGUUCCUCAUGCCGCUCGAAAUGAUCGCGUAUGCAGGGGACCUACGUCUACCUGAAAACCUCCUCUCAAAUGAAAGAUUGGAGAUACUGCGAGAUUGUGCGUGUGAUAUUGCUGCGUUGUCCGAGGACAUCGUUUACUGUGCAAAAGGAACACCGAUAGAUCCGUUAAACGUUCUCUCCGUUAUUGAGAGUGGGUCGCUGGAAGGUGCGCUUGUGAUGGCAGGAAACAUCGUCAACCGGCGCGUCAACGCGUUUCUGGAUGUUGAACGGGCUCUGUUGCAGGGGUUGACGAUGGACACCCAGAGCGGAAAUGAGAGCAUUAGAAGCUAUGUGCAGGGUUUGAGGGAUUGGGUAGCUGGGUUUGUGAAUUGGUUGUACGAAACGGAAAGGUAUUUCGGUGACAAGGGGAGCGAAGUGAGGGCGUUUGGGUGGGUCUUUGUUCCUGUACAAGGCUGAUAACAGUCCUACCGCGGCCGAGCGUAUGUGCUACAACUAGUUACUACUGACUUUCAUAGUCGAAUUUCAGAGUGCCUCAUACAUACAUACAUAUAUAUCAUGAGAUAAUA